AUGCCGCCCAAGAGUGUAUCUGCCAGUGCUGAAGUCGCACGACUAAUUUCAAAACGAGAAAUGUAUUUUUCGAUUAUACAGAAGACGUAUGACUUGAGCAGAGAUGUGGAAGAUGCGUCAAGCAAGCAACAAUUCUUAUUCCAUGAAAGUGAAGCGGCGGUAAAUGCAAGCUACGCCUUGUCCGAGAUGAUAGCUAGACACUUGAACCCUUUUAAUGACGGUGAUUUCAUCAAGGAAUGCUUAAUUAAAGCUGCAGAAAUUGUUUGUCCGGGCAAUGUGACGGCAUUUGAAAAUCAAAUAAAAAAUAGAUCACUUACUUUCGAAAGCUUUCCUAUUGCCUGUGACGGGACCACGGAUAUCAGUGGCACGGCUCAGCUAGCAGUGUUUCUUCGUGCAUGUGACAGCACUUUUAACAUAUUUGAUGAAUUGCUAGAACUAAUUCCGAUGGCUGGUACUACCACAGGACAAGAUAUAUUUACUUGCGUUUUUGAUAUGUUCCAGAAAUUUAAUCUACCUUCAGAAAAAUUACUUUCUGUAGCUACAGACGGCGCUCCAUCAAUGGCAGGGAAAAACAAAGGAUUCGUAGCGUUACUUAAACAGAAACUUAAUGGAGUUAACGGUUCAAAUUUUUAUCAUACCCAUUGCAUCUUAUAUCAAGAAGUACUGUGCUCGAAGAUAAUAAACAUGGAGAAUGUUCUAUCAUACAUGAAGAAAAUU